ACUGUUGAAUGCAGAUAAUUGGCAUUCACGAGAGAAGCAGGUGCAGUGCAUUCCACAUAUUGCUCUAUUUAAAGCUUCGGAAAGCUCAGCAAUACAGCCACAGACUCAAAUAUUAAAUCUGUAUUGUUUAGACACACAACAGAGGAAUGGCACAAACAGUGACAGUUCCAUAUUCCCAGUAUCUUGUACCCCUUCUUCUUUUGAUUGCCUGGAUUGUAGGUUGUGUCCUGACGGUUUAUUUUGUCUUUUCAUAAAAGAGGGAAUGAACCUUUUGGAAAACUCUUGGAACUGAAUGAAGAUGCCCAUUUCUUAUUUUGAAACCACACCAUGAAAAUUAUAAUCCAAGAACAUUACAAUGAAGUUUCAAUAGAUGUAUUUCUCCGUUAAAAAUGACUCAACAACAAAAACAGUUUUGAGAUUUUGAAUGGAAUUUUCAUGAUAGAAAAAACGUUUGCACAUCACCUUUUUAUUUUGGCACCCAACCCCUGCCCUCCCAAAAUUUCUGUGUCUUACCUUUUUAAUGACAAUCUGAAAAUGUCACUCUGGUUAGUGGUAUAAAUUGAUUCUUGUGUUAAUUUUCAUUUGGUGAAUGAAAGUUAUUUUUCCCUGCACUAUGCCUCUAAGCAACAAGUCGCCUCAUUAAUGUUCAUUUUAUUACACAAAAUUUAGAAAUAAUGACCCGAAUUCCUAUAAAAGUCCUCUCAAAUAAUUGCUUACUACAUAAUUUUAAAUAUAUUUUAAUAUUAUUUAUUACUCUUCCGUGCACAUAUCUAAAAAUGUAUAAUAAAAUGCAUAUAUACACAUACAUUUAAAAUGCAUUCAUUGUACAUAGUCUAAUACUAAUCCCUGUUGGAGUGAAUUUCAAGAUGGAAAUCAGAGAAUCACAAUGAGGGCAUGUUUUGUUCAUUUAAACAUCUCUAGUUUUGAGUGGAUAGAGAUUUCAGGCCCUUAUACUCCAUUUUAAGACUGUUACAGAAAACUGUCUUUUGACCUUUUUCAUCCUCCUUUGCUUAUUCUCUUCUCCAGGUUUUGUUUAGUUUUUGAUUUGCAUAACCACCAACAAAGUAAUAUAUUCUGGAGAAGCCACACUUGUUCACAACUUUAUUAUGCUAUAAUUGGUAUAAACAUUUUGUUUCGAUUUUGUUUCCCCACUAAUGGACCACAAUGGCUUCCUACAGUUUAUGUGAGUUAUGGGGAUCCAUCUAUGAUACACAAAAGCUGACAGUCUGAGCUCUGCGAGUGCAGCAUUUUUAAAAAUGAAGCAGAGAGUGUUUGAGGAUCAAGACAUCCAUAGGGAUACCAAGAUGCUUGUUUAUAAAGCUAUUGUCUUUCCAACUCUAUUGUACACCUGUAAAACACGGACUGUCUACAAACAUCACUUCUGAAAAGACUCCAUCAGCGACUCUCUUGGGAAAACAAGCAGACAAAUGUCAACAUUCUGGAAGAAGCGAAGACUACCAGCACUGAUGUAAUGCUCCUCCGCCAUUAGCUUUGCUGGACUGGCCAUGUUAUCUGAAUGCCCGAUCACUGUCUCCCAAAGCAGUUACUUUACCCUCAGCUCAAGAGUGGUGGACAGUGGAAGAUAUUUAAAGAUAGGCUUAAAACUAACUUUUAAAAAUGUGGUAUGAAAACCAAUAACUGAGAAGCCCUGGUACUUGAGCUCUCUAACUGGAGGUUAGACCAUGCGGAUCCAGGAUAGGUCUCUCCAGUUACUUAAGGAUCCACUGCUAAGCUUCUACUUCUGGAAGACAAUCAUACUCAGCCACUAGAGGUUGCUGCUGCUGCUGCUGCUGACUCCAGAGUUUUUUUCCUAAAAUCUAAUGGGAUGUUUUGAAAGCAAGAAUUCAAUACAAAAUAUUCGGCAGCUCAAGCAUAUAUUCUACAAUUAUGGCUUCCAGACAGAAAACUGACAGUGACCCAUGUACCUUUCAUGGCUGUGUACAGGAUGGAAUUUCAGCAAAUGUUGAAUAUCAUGCAACCAGGUAACAAGCAAUGUCUGCUGAAAAUUCCUGUUUUCCAUAUUUAUGAAAGGUACAGAAAUUUUCACUCUAGCAACCCAACCUUUUCUCUUGCUCUAUAAGAAGCUUGUUUAGGAUGAAUGCUUCACUCCAAUAUUAUCAAUGCUAUAUAAUCUGUGAUGUCCAUCCCAGCAUUCCAGACUACAUGCCCUUUUAUUAAUAUAUUCUAUCACACCAGUUUAUUUCAAUGUAAGUUAUGAUUUCAGUGAAAAAAAAUGUAAACCAAACUGUCUCAAACCUACAACUGUGUCUAUUUUUGGACUGUGUUUAAUAAAACCUGAAAGCAAUUGA